GCGUCUGAACUCUUCACAGGUGCAGCAGGCGGUGCGAGCGAACUACAUGCAGGGUUACGAGAUCACGGAGCGCAUGCGCGCUCUGCUGGUGGACUGGCUGGUCCAGGUUCACUCCAGGUUCCAGCUGCUGCAGGAGACUCUGUACCUCACCGUGGCCAUCCUGGACCGUUUCCUGCAGGUCCAGCCGGUGUCUCGCAGGAAGCUGCAGCUGGCCGGCGUGACGGCCAUGCUGGUGGCGUGUAAAUACGAGGAGAUGUACGCUCCGGAGGUGGGAGACUUCGCCUACAUCACAGACAACGCUUUCACCAAGUCUCAGAUCCUGGAGAUGGAGCAGCUGGUCCUGAGGAGCCUCAACUUCCAGCUGGGACGUCCUCUUCCUCUGCACUUCCUGCGACGGGCCUCCAAGGUCGCCGACGUGAGUCCACGCAUCAGUUCCCCUAAAAUACUUACAGUCAAGGUGCUGGACGGCGUGCGGACGCAGAGCUCCAGCGUUCAUCGGGUCUGGGGUUUUCAGGGUGUCAGAGUGCAGCUCACUUUAGAAAUGUUCAGGAGCAGACUCGCCCCGGACCACCAACACUCGGCUCUGAGAGAAAAAGCUGCAGGUCUUAGUCUCUGUGGUCCUGAUGCAGGUCUUUCAGACCACACCUGUG